AUGGCUUCUGUCGCUUCUCCCAAGAACACUCCUCUCGGUGUCGCUCCUCCAACGACCCACGAGGCUCUCGUUUCCUUCUCUCAAAACUUCUCUCGCGCCAUGCCCGGUCGCAAAUCAACCAAGACACUUGAAGAUGGCAUGCCUCCUGCUCCACCACCAUCUCCCGUCGCCUUCGCCGUUGACAGCAAUGGCAAGGCCCCUCUCAGCAAACGGGAGAAGAUCCCCAGUUUGAGUCUGGAGUAA